AUGAUUUCAGAAGUUGACUGUAGUAUGUCGUUGUAUAGCGGAGUUUGCGAGGCGCGGCAGUGUGAAGGCGAGGCCGAUAUUCAGCGCACGGCCGCAACCCGCGAACAAUUUCCAUUCCAAAACUCUCCUCCUGCUGUCCGCCGUCUCCCAGCAGCGUCUGUUGCUUCACCAGGAAAUAUCUUUGCAUCAGGACAUGACCCAGUUACGACAUCCGCUUCAUUAGCAUGGAGAAGGCAUCUCCACCACCAAUCCUUCAGAGCGAACACGUUUUUAGGCAUAAGUGGUCGGAGAUACAAGAGCUCUCUUAGUGGCAAGGCGACUCCCGCACCCGCUCCAAAUGGAUCAGCUCCCAAAGCGGAGCUAUCGCCAGAUACCGCCUCGAAAACACCAGCAAAGGAAUCGCCAGAGUCUCCACCAGCAGCUUCUCAUCCUGCUAGCAAGCCCCUGUUGGAGCGCAUACCCCAGUCGUUGCCCCACUUCCACAGGCCCACCAAAGACGAACUUCUCGCAGCAGCGACUGGUUUCUGGUCUCGAUUGAAGGUGCACUUCAAAUGGUUAACUAUUAGGAGUUCUCGACCUUUUAAUACUGAUGAUAUCAGCGCCUUUGUUUCCUGGAUACUCCUCGGCCACAUCAUUUGGAUUAUUGUUGGAACUACUACCUUCUUCUCGCUAACCAUCUUUUUGAUAAACACUGUGUUUGCGCAAGAAUCCCUGGCCAAAUGGAUUGGAAACUACCUUACAAGUUCCUCCGGCGUCAAAGUCGUCUUUGAGUCUGCCGUCGUUCCUAAGUGGCGCGAUGGGGUCAUCUCAUUCAAGAGAGUUUUCGUCUCGAGAAGGCCUGGCCAAGGCCAAUCCAAUGUCACUAAAGGCUCUCAACUAUCCGCAGCAGCCGAGGCCGCCGCAAUCGCCCAGAAGGAGCGGGAUAUAGCAAAUGGCGUAGUAGAGGAAGAAGACACUAAUUACACGCAGUUCGAUGUUUCCAUCGAUACUGUGAAUGUGACCUUAUCAUUUGCAAAGUGGUUCAAUGGCAAAGGACUACUGAAAGAUGUUGAAGUGAGGGGUAUUCGGGGAGUCGUGGAUAGGACUUCAGUGCGUCCACCGGAGGAAUACAUUGAUCCUAGAACAUACAAGCACGAACACCAGCCCGGAGAUUUUGAGCUAGACUCAUUCAAGAUGGAGGACUUACUAGUUACCGUUUACCAGCCGAAUAAUUUCCGGCCGUUCUCAGUUAGCAUCUUCUCCUGCGACCUUCCACAGCUGCGGAAGCAGUGGCUCUUCUAUGACUUCCUGUCUGCGAACAUGAUGUCUGGUUCUUUUGACAACUCUCUGUUCACUAUACAUCCGAGACAGACACACAACUACACCGGAGCUCAACUGACUGAGGGACGAGAAACCGAAAAUGGCAUCAGCUGGAAAAAACACAGCCGUAUAAGGAUCGAUGCGCUCAGUAUUGACCAUCUAAAUCGAGGAUACGAGGGCCCAUUUUCGUGGAUUCACGAAGGCAAUGUCGACAUCGUGGCCGAUAUAAUGAUUCCAAACGAGAACGACGACAGUAUCGCCAAAUUCAUGUCUGAUUUUUACGACCGCGUUGAGGCUACAGUGACCUCCAACGGGAACCGAGCCGUUAUCGAUAAUUCCGAUGGCAAAGAAGUACAGCAGCCACUAUCACCAACCGAAGCCGUAACUGGAGAGCCUGAGGACAAUCGAUUCAUCAUCAUGGAUCUCCGGGUCCAUCUCAACGAUGUACGGGCCUCGGUCCCCAUCCUCACCAGUGACAUCACAUACAUCAACAACGCCCUCGUGCGGCCCAUAGUAGCGUACAUCAACUCGAAAAAGACAUUCAUACCCGUGAACUGUCGGGUGGUCAAGCGCGCUAGCGAGUUCGACGGUAGCUGGACUAUCUACGAUAGCGGGCUUAUGGAUGAUCUGUCUCGGGAGAUGUAUGACGCCUUCGCCCGCGACGUCCUCGACGACAACAGCGCACGCAAACGUCGCUUCAAAAAGGUCGGGAUAUGGACGCUCCAACUCGCCGCUCAGGCACUGUUUAUUGGUUUGGCGGGCAACAUAGCGUAGCGGUAAGUUAAUGAACCUUGCGUGUAACAUACCCAGGGCGUUUGGACUGGUUCAUAAGCUCUGGUUUGGGUGUGGCGUUCUUGUGCAUACGAUAACGGGCAAUGAUUACAAGUCACACGCACUUCAUGGAGUGUUGAUGUCCGCUCAGCGUAAUCUAAUAUUCUUGUAAGAUAUUUGUAUAUACAUAUUCAAGAACGGUUCGAUUCAUCGAGAGUUUUUCCGAACGCGAAUGCACGUGAGAUGGAGUCGUGCUCGGUUUAAUCCAAGGUUUAUAAUCCAUGGAUUCUUUUCUAUCUAUGGAUUUAGGGCCUAAUAUGUCGUUUCACAUGGAAAGUCUUCGGCUGGUCUACCUUGUUAAAGAUGUGGAAGUCAGUAGCUGGACACGCAAGCCACGUGCGACAAUCUGGCUGAGCCAUCGAGGGGCCCUUAUUGCACGGAAUAGUUGGCAAAGAUUCACAGAUCUUAGC